AUGCUAGAUAAAACAAAUACUAAUACUAGUACAAGAAAUGUAUUAACGCAAACCUCCCCAACUAAAUUGAAUAUCCAAGCAUGCGAUUGGAAAAGAACAUCACUGUCUAACUCAAAUUCAACUUUGAAUGGUAAAAUUAUGAAGAAUGGUAAACCCUCUUUAAUUCGAACUCAAUCAUUGACAAACUAUAUCUCAAUGAACAAAAAUUCAAUUCCAAAUUAUAAAUCAUAUAGCAAUCAUCAACAAACUUAUGUGCCAUCUUCACCAAUCAAGCAAAAUAUUCAUAGUUCAAAUAAUACUAAAUUAGAUAAUUCAAAAAUUUUACUCACAAGGCCAAAAAUCUCCUUACCAGCCCCACCUUUACUAAGGAGAAAUUCCUCAUUCUUUAAGGAUGAACUUCCGAGCCAUUCCUUUCUAAGUUCUAAUUCAAGUAAUAACAUACCAACUAUAACGACCAAACCUUCCCUUUCAUAUUCAUCUUCGCAUAUUACUACUAACACAACCAUAAAACCAAUAGAUUCCAAUUCAUCAGCAGCACCAACUUCUACAGCCUCUUUAAUGCAAACUGUCUCCACAUCAAAUAAGGAUGAACCGAGUCAAGAUAAUAAUGAAGAUUCAAACAAUAAUGCUAAUAAUAAUGAAAAUAAAAAAAUUAUUGACAGGUUUUUCCCCACAAUUCAAAAUAGGGAUCAGAAUAAAAUUGAUCCACAAACAUUGGAAGAUAAAUUACCUUCUCCAAAUGCAUCACCAACAGCUCAUCUAAGAGCUCAGACAAAAUUAGUCUUUAAACAAACAGUGGCAGAAGCCUGUGGCCUUUCAAUGAACCAACGAGUAUUGCAGUAUAUGAAAGAACCACCUUUAAAACUAAAUAGUAAUAAUAAUAGUUCUCAAACUUACAAUCUAAAAAAAAGAACUCACUACAACUACAAUACAUACAACCAAAACCAAUUGAAAUUCACACAAGAUCUAUUAAAGAUUAGAAAAAUUAAUUCAACACCUGAAAGAAUCUUAGACGCUCCAGGCUUCCAGGAUGACUUUUAUUUAAAUCUUCUAAGUUGGUCAUCCAAAAAUAUUCUAGCUAUUGCACUAGAAACUGCAUUAUAUCUUUGGGAUGGUAAUACUGGGGAUGUAUCAAUGCUUGUUGAUUUCAACAAUAUUUUAAUAACAAGUAUUGUUUGGUCUGAUGAUGAUUGCCAUAUUUCCAUUGGUAAAAAUGAUGGAACUUUAGAGAUUUGGGAUAUUGAUUCUAUGUCGUUGGUUAGAACAAUGAAAUCCCAUUUAAAUGUUAGAAUUGGAUCACAAUCGUGGCUUGAAACUUUAAUUGCUACUGGAUCCAAGAGUGGAGAAAUUCAAAUUAAUGAUGUUAGAAUUAAAAAUCACAUUGUUUCCACUUGGGAUAAUCAUAAAGGUGAAGUUUGUGGUCUAUCUUACAAAUCAGAUGGAUUACAAUUGGCUUCUGGAGGUAAUGACAAUACUGUCAUGAUUUGGGAUACAAGAACUUCUUUACCACAAUUUAUUAAAAGAAAUCAUAAUGCUGCUGUUAAGGCUUUAAGCUGGUGUCCAUAUAUACCAAAUUUAUUAGCGACAGGAGGUGGCCAAUAUGAUAAAUCGAUUAAUUUUUGGAAUACCACAAAUGGUGCAAGAGUUGGAACCAUUCAGACGGGAUCUCAAGUUAGUUCAUUACAUUGGGGCCAAAGUUAUUCAAAAACUUUAAAUUCUGCUAAUUCAUCAUCAUCAUUUAAUAAAGAAAUCAUUGCUACAGGUGGUAGCCCAAGUAACUCAAUUUCAAUAUUCAAUUAUGAUACAAAAUUUAAAGUUGCAGAAAUUGAAAACGCUCAUGACUCAAGAAUUAACUGCUCACAAUUGUCACCAGACGGCACAACUUUAGCUACUGUUGGUGGUGAUGAAAAUUUGAAAUUUUUUAGAGUAUUUGAUUCAAAGAAAAGAUUCAAGAAACGAUCAAAAGGUAUAAUUAGUGACGAAAUGCUAAGUUUAAUUAAUAACCAUAAUAGCUCUUUUAAAUUGAGAAGACCAAGAGGUGGAGCUAACUUGGACGAAAAUUAUAAUUAUGAUUACCAAAAUGACGACGAUGAUUCAGAAACUGAUGAUAAUAUUAUCGAUGAAAAUUCUAACAAUCGAACCGCCAACAAUAUAAACGAAUAUAUUAUUAGAUAA